GUAUGACGUGAACACAUUCAGCCAUGUUACUUGUUUUCAUGCUGGAUUGCAAAAAACAAAUCGGUAUACUUUCAAGAUUCAGCUAAUUUUGCUAUUUUACAUCGUUGGUGUUAGAUAAAUGUCACUUUGAUUGACAAGAUGGUACGUCCAGUGAAACGUCGCUUGACCCCGGUCAUCACAGCCAUUCAGUUGCUUGAUGCCGUCAUAUACAUCCGCCAGCAGAAACAGAUACCGAACAUGGAGCGUCUGAUCCGAUACAUGCAGCGGUGGCACGACAUCUCGGAGACAGAUACGGAGAAACACAUUAAUAAUGCAGUAGCUGAUGGCUUUCUACGGUCCUACACAGCCGUCGGGACCAAGGGUUCAAAGAUUGGCUCGGAGCAAGAAGGCUUUCGUAUUCCCGAUGAUGGCGAGAAUGAGGAGGCCGAGGCCACACACGACUGGUAUUGUUUUCACUGUCACAAGCCGGGGGAGAUGUACGAGUGUAGCGACUGUUGGCGCGCGUUCCAUGCAGACUGUCAGGAUGAAGACACGACGGGCGUACAAUUUGUUUGCUCAAUAUGCAAGGAAACUGAGGCAGGUCGCAAGAAAAACAAGUUAUCAAAGAAACUUUUGAACAGGCUUCUGAGCUACACUAUUUUACGUCUGAAAGAAAAGACCCGUGAGCUACACAAGAUCGGCAGUAAGGAAGAGGAGGAAAUGUUCACAAGGUUUAUCUUCAGGAAGAUGGACCUCAACACGAUGGAGGAGAAAGUGGCCAACAUGAAGUACAAGUGCCUGGAGGAGUUCCUGGGGGACACACAGACCGUCUUACACAACGUGUUUCUCACAUACGGAGAUGAUAAGAGUGGAAUGUCUGAACUAGCGAGGAUAAUGAUUAGAGACUGUAAAUAUGAUCUGGAAGAAAUACGAUACUGUCCAAACUGUUACCACAUGUCAAAUGCGAAGCCUGCCAACUGGUUUUGUCAACCAUGCACACCACCUCAUGAACUUGUUUAUGCAAAGCAGAAAGGCUUUAGUUACUGGCCUGCUAAAGUUAUUAAUAAAAUUGGUGACGACUAUGAUGUCAGAUUCUUCGGAGGUUGGCAUCAGAGAGCAGUGAUACCAAAAGAGCACGUAAAACCGAUCACUAUGAACAUAAAGACUCUAGUCACAAAGAGAACGUCAGGAUUUGUAAAAGCUUGCAAAGAACUGGCCGUGCAUCAGGGUCUUGUGUCUGAUAAGAAAAGCGACCUAUAUGACACUGAAGAGAGUGACCAUGAGCUUGUAGUGGAGUUGGAGGACGACUCACCACAAGUCACCUCUACCAGUGUACUGCCGGGCAAGAAGUCCCCGGCAACAAAGGCUUCUUCUCCCGAAGAUUCUUUGGUGGUAACAUCGAGCGAAGACCAUUUGACCAACGACCCGAUCGUCACGAAGGUGGCACGCAUGAUUCAAACCUUGUCAGUGGCAUCACAGACAAACAAGUUGAAAUGCCACACUUCCUCCACUCAGACUAUUAAACGGGAAGAUUCCGAGAGUCUCGCGGUGCCGGCGACAGCUACGUCAUGCAACUGCAAGAAACCUGAGAAGCAAUUGUCUGAUCUACGGUCCAGUCUGGAGAAAGCACACAAAGAAGACCGGGAGAAGGCUUUAGCCAAUCUCUCUCAGAAGCUGAAGAAAGACUUCGAGGAGGACAAGCAGCAGGCAGUUGCCCGGGCGAUGGACAACAAACAGCGCGAGAUUGAGAAGGCACGGCGCCAGGCCGAUGAGAAGUACAAAGAACAGUACAUGGAGGAGAUGAAGAAACUCGCUCAGAAACACAAGGAGGCCAUCUCACUGACGAAGAAAAAACAGUGGUGUUACAACUGCGAGGAGGAGGCGAUGUACCACUGCUGUUGGAACACGUCGUACUGCAGCGUUAAGUGUCAGCAGGAACACUGGCACAAGGAGCACAAGCGCGUAUGUCGACGCAAACGGUAGCGCUCACCGCGUCGCUGCGUUAUGGAGAGUCGAGACUGGAGCCAUGUCUGGCCAACUACGACACUGGGACAGACCGCACACGCAUCUCACAAACGAAGUUGUCCGUCUGUUUCGGAUUUAUGAUCAUCUGUGGGAUGACAUUGAGUAUUUAAAAACAAACCAUUAUUCAGUUGGUGCAGAAACAUUCAUUGUGGUCGAUGAUGUAGUAAUGCAAUACAAACACCUAACAAAUGCAGAUGGUGGUGUAUUUACGAUGUAUGAUUUUUCUCUGGGAUACUUGGUGACGAAAUUAAGUAUUUGAAACAAACCACUAUCAGUAAUAGGGAAUUAAGCAGGACUAGCUUUGGGUGUAUAGAAAUAUUUUCAAAUUAUCUAAUGAACUCCAAAAAAUGCAGAAACACACCCAUUAUUUCCAUCAAACUAUCGAUCAUUACAUGAAAUUCGAUCACCAAAUUAAAAUAAAAUUUGCCGGUUGUGUUUAGAAUUCGCAAUUGGCAAAUUUGGUGAGUGGCAGAGCUAGCCCUGACCUGGUUGGUGCAGGAGAUUCAGUGUCAUGGAGGUCAGUAAAUCUUUCUGUAAUGACGUAUUAAUACCAAACUGAAAUCUUUGUGAUCGUAAAAUGACUGCAAUAUUUCUGAAUGUACAACCAGUCUUUGGUUUAGGACAAAUUUCCAACAAUAACUCUUGGACAAUAUUAUCUGUCACUAUUAUGAAUUUUUUUUCUCACGUUACCUGUCCUCAAAACAAGUGCACUCUCCUCCUCCUCCCGUCGUCGUCGUCGUCGUCUCUCUCUCUCUCUCCUCCUCCUCUCCUCCUCCCCCCCCCCCCCCCCCAAAUGACCGACCGACCGACCGAAACUAGAGAGGAGUAUGCAGUAGAAGAAUACUAGCCGUAAGGGGGAGUGCACUUGUUUUGAGACAGGUAAUGUAUCCAUAAAAGAGAAAACACUCCAAGUUUUCUCCAGUGUCUGUAAGGCAGUUCCAACCCAAAGGAGAAGUUGCUUUAUUUUUAGGGUUAAGCUUCACCGAGGCUAUUUCAAAAUGGUCUCCCAUGGGUUGAAACUGGCUUAUACGUGUAUAUACUAAACAUUAUAGUAAUUGAUUCUUUUAACUACAGGUUAAUUGAAAACUAAAUUGUGUAUUCUUCACCCGUUCAGAAACACAGUGCUUACAAAAUCUGUUUUGUGAGUUAAAAACAGUCCCCAUUUUCUAAAGAUAUAAAAACAUAAUAUCUCCUUAAUUAUGAGAUCUUAACAUUUAAUUUGCUAGAAUAUUAAAGAAACACAGCAUCGUAACUUGGUGUGUAUAUAUAUAAAUAUUGCAACAAAACUAUCACAAAUGAGACUUCAUAUGUCAUGUAGCUUGAGCUGCUACUUAUUUAGAAAUGGCAUAAAUCCUCAGGUAAAACAGAUUUUAUAUCUUAUAACUGUUUUAAAUAAUUUUUAGUGAUGUGUGUUUACCAGACUAAUGGUUUGUAAUAAAAUUGUAAUGUAUCUGAAUUUACCACAAUUCCCCAAGUUUUUAAGGACAUUAAAUUAUGAAAGAUAAAAAAUAAUUAAUUGAUUUUAACAUAUAAUUAAUCGGUGAUGAAGAAUAAAAAAGUUCAAUAGAAUAUUCUUACCUUCGAGUGCUUGCUUUCACUAAUGUUAUAUCUGAAGGUUGAUUCAAAAGUUAUAAUCUAUAGUAGUGGGUUUUUUGUGUGGAGAACUUUAGAGGGUAUUAGAGCAGAAUAAAGUAUUGAGCCCCUUGAAUCAUUGCACAGUUCUUUGAUUUGGAUUUGUUUUAAAUGGGCUUACAAAUUUCAAAUAAGAUAUUGGUAAUUGUGCCAUAUUCUAGAGAACCAGAGAAGAAACUCGCUUUACUAAUACCCUGUGUUCAUUGUAUUUAAAAAUAGGUUGAUUGAGAAAAGUAGGCAGCUACAGAAUGCAAUGAGAACAUAUAAUUGUAAGCAAGAACAUUUGGCAGCGGCAGUGGUAAAGUAGCCAGUGAAAAUAGGCACCUGCCUUCUAUUACACACUGCUAAUUACAGGGGAACUUUACCCUGAGACGGAAUAGCUCACAGCACUGUCUAUCAGAACAAUUCAAGUACAGUGGUAAGUACAAAUGGUUGGGGUGAGUUGGAUUGCAUUUUAAACGGGUUAAUAUUGAUGCAUGGUGUUUGCACAUGAACAUUUUUAAUCAGGGCAUUUUACUUCACUUUGUUAUCCACAUAGUUCAAGAUAUUCAGGGAAAUAUAACAAGUAUGACCUACGUGUGACAUAAUGAUUUUACGUGCACAGUGAAUGACGUAAUUUUGUGAAGCGACGUCAUAACUUAAUUCAGCAUCCACAGUGUAACCGCUUAUCAAAAUGACGUCAUUUCGGAAAAUGACGUCGUUUCGUUGUCUCUUUUUAGUUACGUUUGAAAAGUUUUGACAUGGUUCUAGCUUGUUAUUCAUGAAAAUAAUAUCUUG